AUGUCAUUCAAAUUAACUUGGGGACCAUUUGACGAAUCUUUCUACGAGACAAUAAAGAAAGGUUUAAAUCAAACAUUGAACUCUGGUCCACCCAUUCCAAACAUUGUAGAUAAACUAUUAGUUCACGAAUUCUGUUUAGGUGAUAAACCACCAGCAUUAGAAUUACUACAGGUUGCAGAUGCAUCAAAAGAGAAAUUCAAAUUUAUAUUCCACGUUUCCUAUCAGGGCAACGGUUUGUUGGAGUUGAGAACACGAGUGCAAGCGAAUCCUGUGUUUCUCGGUACAUCUAUCACACCGUCGCGAACCGAACGCAAACUGUUGCGACACAUGAAUAUGGGCUCGGCAAUGAAUCCGCAUAUCAUGCCACUCUCCAUCGUUAUCACCGACAUCGUUUUCGACGGAGAACUCGAGUUUUCAUUCAUCAACAACAAGUCGAUCCAGGCGUUCUUUGCCACCGAUCCACUGCGACAAGUCAACAUCAAGACGUCGUUCGAUGAAUUCCCGGCCGCUGCCAAUUUCGUCAAGAAACUGGUGGAGGAGCAACUCCGAAAUUUCAUCAUGAAAGACUUCCCACAGAUUGUCGGUGCCAUUACGGUGCCGUCGCCAGCAUCACCGUCGCCACCAUCGCCACCACAGCAAUCGAUCAAUUCGAUAUCGAUUAACAACGCAUUUUUCAGUCAACACAACAGCAACAGUAGUAACAUAGCAUCAUCGAUAUCACCACAAUCUUUUCUAAACAAUAUUCCGCUGGCAUCGGCAUCGUCAUCGGCAUCCAAUUCAUUAAAUUCAUCACCAUCCAAUUCAUCACCAUUUCUAAACAGUAACAAUAGUAGUAGUAGUCGACUUGAUAGUAGUUCAAGUUUUUUUAAUUUACCAGAUGAGAAUCAACAAAUUCAUCAUCAUCAUCAUCAACAUAUUCAACACCAACAAUCAAACAAACAACAACAACAAAAAUCGCUAAAGAAAAAGUCACAGCAACAUGGUCUGUUGUUCAAUGAAAAACAAAAGCAUCAUCCAUCCUCAGUCACUAAAGAAAGUCAGAGAAUGGAAUUAUACAUAGAUAUACAGAUAGAUAACAAUGUUACAUCCUAUCAUUGUGGUUUGAUCAUUGCCUGGUUAAAUACUGCACCAGAAGCAAUAUUCUUUUUAACAGCGUUAUCAAGUAGUAAUGUUAGAUUUGCAGUUGGUGCGGUCAGUGGAAGUUCUAUUGUAGUAUGUACUAUUGCGCUUGGAUUUUGUAUUUGGAUUGGCUCAAAGAAUAGAAAGGGUGGAUUGAUUCAGUUGCAACCACCCGUCAAACGACAAUGUUUGAUAUUACUGAUUUCACUGGUGAUUCCACUGUCGUUGGCGGUCGUUGGAUACAAUAUGAUUUUCGGAUUUGCAGGUGUUGGAUUCUACUUGUUGUUCGUGGUCAACUCGCUCUUUAACAGGCUGCCAGACGUCGAGAAGGAAGACGACCUCGAGGCGGCCGACGAGGAUAAGGCGGAGGACGAGCAUGACGAACCUGUCUCCAAGGGUGUAAUGAUGUUGGUGAUCGGUGGUGCACUGAUCUGCUUCUUUAGCAAGCCAUUCAUUGGAUCGAUCGUUGAGCUGGCAUCGACAUUCAACGUCAACCCAAUCCUGCUGGCAUUCUUCUUGGCGCCGAUCGCCAGUGAGAUGCCAGAGAUUCUCGAGAGUAUCUCACUGUCGCGCAAAGGCAAUUCACAAUCGAUCAACAUCGCCUAUUCCAAUCUGAUAGGUGGAACUAUUUCAAAAACAACAUUAUUGAUGGGUAUAUUUUCAUUUUAUGGAUCGAUCAAUCAAUUUGAAUGGGAAUCACCUACUUAUUCAUUAUGUUUAGCAUUGGUUAUUAUUUGUUCGAUGUUGGCAGGUGCCAUCGGAUACUUUUUCAACAAACUACAACAGUAUCAUGGUGGUCUACUCUUUGGUGUAUUUGUAAUCACUGGAAUCAUUCAAUACUAUUACAAUGUCAAUAUGAUGAUUUCAACAAUUAGUAAUUUACAUACUUUGAAUGAUCCAAGGUGUGAGAAUUGUCAUUCAGGUUCAGGCAAACGAAGUAAGCACUCAAUACCAUGCACAAGUAGACAAUGUAUCAAUUGGUUCAACUGUCCAAGCCAUCAUCCUAGUCAUAUUCCACAAAUUGCAAGAGCAAUAAAGGAGAUUGAACGCACUGCAACUACCCAACAAGACACAGAUAACGAGACAGACAGCGAGAUAGAAGAACAACCUCUCAUUGAAGAACAACAACAACAUCAUGUUGUGCACAAUCUUAACAAUACCAAUAAUCAAAUAGUAAGAGGUCUUCAAUCAUCACCACCACCACCGGCAGACGAUGAUCUUCAUGUGACAGAAAUUUUAGAAACAAUACCACCGCUUGAUAAUGUAAAUGUCGAUCAACAAGAUAAUAAUAAUAAUAAUAAUAAGGAAGAGAGAUCAGUUACCAUAUCAUUAGAUCUGAGGCAAAAUGAACGACAACCAAUCAAAUUAAAAGACAUAAAAGAAGCACUUAAGAGGAAGAUCGAAGAAAUUGACUACCACAUCCUGGAGCAUAAAAUUCCGGAAAUGGAUUAUCAACUAGAAGUAGGUUAA